UCCACCCCCACCCCGUCGAGCCUCUCAACAGUACAUCCCUCCUUUCGCAGACCCGAUUGUAGAUCCCGACAUGGCUCGUCGGUCGUCUCGGAUCGCGCGCGCUGCCGAGGUCGUGCCCAUGCCAGAAACUAAGUACGUCGAGCCAACAUAUGUCGAACCAUCAUAUGUGGAACCACCAUAUGUCGAACCAACACCGGUGCUGCCAGAAGAGCCUCCCCAGCCAAAUCCCGCGGCUAGUGUGGAGGUGAAGACAAAAUUCCCUGUCGCGCGCAUUAAGCGCAUUAUGCAAGCCGACGAGGAUGUUGGUAAGGUCGCGCAAGUGACCCCAAUCGCUGUCUCCAAAGCUCUAGAACUCUUCAUGAUCUCUCUUGUCACCAAGGCCGCAAAGGAAGCCAAAGACCGGAAUUCGAAACGCGUCACCGCAUCGCAUCUGAAGCAAGCAGUCUCGAAAGACGAGGUAUUAGAUUUUCUGGCCGACAUUAUUGCCAAAGUGCCCGAUCAACCCGCUGGAAGAAAGCACGACGACGAUGGAAGUGAUCAAAACGAACAACCGAAACGAAAGCGCGGAGGACGACGACCGAAAGACGACAGCGACUAG